UGUCAUCUUGGAGGAAUAUAACCUUGCUGCCCCACUAACUCACUGGAAAUUUUGGCUGAUCUACACCUCUGCCUGGAGAACCUGUCCUGUCUCGGCUUAGUGUAGAGUAAAAAGAAAAGCAGCGGAUAGCCUACAGAGAGGUUUCUUGUUCUUCACUGAACUAAUCAUCCUUUUUCUAAGCAAGCAGGAUGGAAGGGAAGAAGUGGCACAAAGCUACAGAUAAAGUGUUUCCACCAGGGUCUGAGUCUCUUCUUUAAAGAGCAGUUCCAGUGUCGAAGAAGCUAAAAAGCAAGCGCUCCAAUAAAUCAAAAUGGAAGGAGGCAGUGGUCCAAAUCUGCAACUUCAGCAGCUUUCAUUGGCCACAGCAGCAGUUUCUGUACAGCCACACACAGACUCCUUUUCUUACAAGGAAAACUUGAUUGGUGCAUUGCUGGCUAUUUUUGGGCAUCUUGUUAUCAGUAUUGCGCUGAACCUCCAGAAAUACAGCCACAUCCGGCUGGCAGGUUCCAAAGACCCCCGAGCCUACUUCAGAACCAAGACAUGGUGGUGUGGACUGCUUCUGCUUGUGCUGGGAGAAUUGGGAGUGUUUUCCUCUUAUGCCUUUGCUCCUCUUUCACUGAUUGUGCCACUCAGUGCAGUGUCUGUUAUAGCUAGUGCAAUCAUAGGAAUUAUAUUUAUUAAAGAAAAAUGGAAGCCCAAGGAUUUCUUGAGGCGCUAUGUUUUGUCCUUUGUAGGCUGUGGUUUGGCAAUUGUUGGAACUUAUCUGCUGAUAACAUUUGGACCUAAUAGUCAUGAGAAGAUGACAGGAGAGAAUAUCACUAGGCAUUUAGUGAGCUGGCCAUUUCUGUUGUAUAUGCUUGUGGAGAUCAUCAUAUUCUGCCUGCUACUAUAUUUUUACAAGGAGAAAAAUGCAAACUACAUUGUAGUUAUUCUUCUCCUGGUAGCUUUGCUGGGUUCUAUGACUGUUGUGACUGUGAAGGCUGUGGCAGGCAUGAUUGUUGUCUCGAUACAAGGAAACCUCCAGCUCGACUACCCUAUAUUUUAUAUCAUGUUGGUGUGCAUGAUCGCUACAGCGAUCUUCCAAGCAACAUUUUUAGCUCAAGCCUCACAGCUGUAUGACUCAUCUCAGAUUGCCAGCAUCGGCUAUAUCCUGUCCACAACAGUAGCAAUCACAGCAGGAGCAACUUUCUACUUGGACUUCACUGGCGAAGAUGUUCUCCACAUAUGUAUGUUUGCACUUGGGUGCCUCAUAGCAUUUCUAGGUGUCUUCCUGAUCACAAGAAACAGGAAGAAAUCUGUGCCCUUUGAACCUUACAUAUCGAUGGAUGCUAUGCCAGGCAUGCAGAACAUGCAUGAUAAAGGGGUUGCAGUUCAGCCUGACCUCAAAGCUUCUUUUUCCUACGGUGCCCUAGAGAACAAUGACAACAUACCGGAAAUUUAUACUCCAGCUACGUUGCCGAUAGUGCAGGAGCAACAUGGUUCCAAAGGAGUUUCUGCUCCACCCUACCGAGUGCUGGAACACAGCAAAAAGGAGUGAGUGACCUUUAAGGAACUGAUUUGAAUCAUCAGGAGUGUGACCUUUAUUUAUUUACCUUUUUCAGUUUAAAAUAUAAGUUAAGUGUAAAGCCAACCUUGAUACAGUUUAAAGCUUGCCUCAAACUUAACUUUCAAGGAUGAUUAUUUUAAUAAACAACUCUCUAUAGUUGUGAAGUUGAAAGCAUUUGUUGUAGCAAGAAGUAAAUCACAGUUCUCCUUUGAAUGCUGCUAUCGGGGAGUGUGAAAUGGCAAGUGCAGUAUUGUGGCUGUAUGAAACUGAUGAGAUAGCAGGCGUUGUGGAAAUGCAGAGCCGUGGGAAGAAAAGUGACUGUGCAAUUUAUAGCCCUGCUGGGAAUGGGUUUAUCUCCAAACUGAAAUUUUCAUGAGUUGCCCACAGUGAGAGAAAGGCAGGCUGUAAUCUUUCAUAUAUAGAGACUGUGAAGGAUUUCCAGAAAAGUUGUAAAUCCUCCCAUCUCUGACAUAACCACCAAACCACCUUAGCAUGGCAAGAAAAUGGUACUGUUUUCAAGCGAAAAUACCGGGGCUUACUGUGUCUUCAGAGUGGCAUAAUCCGUUAGCAUAAGUAAGCUACUUUAUUUCUUCAAAGCCUGGAUCUUUGGCGUUUCCUGUAUAACUAUUCUUUGACUAGUGUUGAACAUAUGCACUGAGUAUGUGAAUAGUUUUUAUAGCACCAUUGGAUUAUAUGGCAGCUUAGGACAAAGAUUAUCUUUUGGCAGUUUUCUGGUUUCAUAGCAGGAGCUUCAGGUUGGAUCAAAUGGUGCAAAAGGAACACUGUAAAGGACAAGAACAAGAUGAAAUGAGAAUAGCAAUGUGACUGGUAUUCCUCAUAGGAGUUUAUCUAUAGUUCUUGAGAGGUCCAAAUUCUCUAUCAUUUUAUUUCCUCUCUGGGUCAGGCAGGGUUUCUAACUUUGUUUAGUGGUCUUAGACGCUUAGAGAUAUCCACAAUCCUUUGGCAAUUUUAAAAAGCCCAGCCUAGGUCUUGUAGGUGGGGGUUCCCUACCUUUUUUUCCUCAAAAGCAAGAAAAAGUAUUGGCCUAAUAGUGUGAAUGACCUAACAAAAAACAAGCUUGCACAGUCCAGCACUCAGAGAACUCUAACAAUAAUGAAGCAUUGUGUACUCACGAUAUUUAUCUUUCCAGUUUCCAAGAGAUGGCCAGAAGUUGAUAGGGAGAAUAGAUGCAAGGGGAAACUUAUCAAGGGAAAGGGACAAAGUACAUUGUUUACCGGUGUAUGCAAGUUAUACCUGCUUUCUAGGCAGUUGCACUUUGAUACCAUCAUCUUCUCUAAAGACAGUUGUUUUGCUGGGAAACAGAAUUCUAAGUCUAACUGGGUGUGUCUUGGACUGUAUGUGUAGCAGUGUCUGCAUGCACUUAGAAAACCUUAUUUGAAAUGAGUAUCACUUGUUCUAUGCGUUUUAAGUGGUCACUCUGACACCAAUGGUUUUGGGAGGGUCUUGGACUUGCAGCUGUGGCUUUCUGCUUUUGUUUUUAAUUGACUCAUGCCCAGAUUCUGUUCCCACUACCAAAAACUCCCAAGCACUCUUGACUUGUAUAUAGUUAUUCCAGAUUCCUGCUACUGUACAUGACAACAGAACUGUUCUUUUUGCAUAUGUUUGCCUUGCCACCUAUGAAUACUAAUUUAAUCUGGAAGUACUUGAGUGCUUUGGCAUUUUUGUGCAGCUUAGAAAAAUAUGACCUCACUCUGCAAAGAGUGGAUGCCUGGUGUGUGCACGUGUACCUCUAUGUGAAGUUUCUUCACUAGCUUGGCAUGUCUGACAAUUCAGAUCUUAUCAGUGGCAUCCUGUACACUAAAGCAGAUAUUUCUUGAGGUUUCAUAAGCUGUUAUUUUGCCCACAAUACUUUCUGUGUUCAAGUAAGAUAACAAUGUUAAUGGGCUAAUAUUGCCAGUACAUUAAUCUUCUUGGAGUUGCAAUGACACUGAUUUACUACCUUUGGCUCUGUAUCCCUGGUAAUCAAUUUUUUUGUGAAUUUAUGUGCGACUUUUGUUCAUUAAUGAUACAAAACAAAAUAGUACAUGAAUGAGAAGGGUACAAGAAUACUGGCUUUUCUUAUCUCUUCCGUUCUAAUCAAUGAGGCAGUAGCUGUUUUGACCUAGUAGUUCUGAAACCAUAGAAAUAUAUUCUUUUAAAACAAGCUGUGCUAUACCAUGCAUACCUACAAACUCCACUUCUUACAUGGUAAUAGUCUCUCUUUAGUUGCUACGGGGGUUGCCACAUUAUAAAAUAGUUGAUCUAAAGGGCCCAAAUGUUAUGCUAUUGACUUCUAUUGUUAAGGUGAUCCUGUGUGUUACUGAAUAUAGUUUUUCUAAUUCUUGGGGCUCCUCAGUUCUAUUUAAAAACUGCAGUUGACUGAUAUGCAGACUUUGUGGCCAAUAAAUGGUUGGUUAGGUUUUUAUCCUAAUCACAGGACUAUCUUUAUUCCUAAAAUCACGAGAUAACAGACAUGGAGUUCACUGCCAGGUGGGGAGCUGCUCUGAUGCUGAGCCUCUGCUUGUACGUCUUGUCUGUGGGCUGCUCUCUGGCCUGAUUCAGUAGUUAUUGCACAAGCUCUGUGGACUCUCCAUAGCCCUGCAGCCUCAGCAUUGACUGUCAGGCCAGUAGUCAUGUCCUCUCUGCCAGGGAGCCCUCAGUUGGCAUCGCGUGGGACAGUCUUCUGCUCUGAGUGCUUUUUUCCUCCAGCCAUAACCUGAACUUUAUUUUUUGUGCUAUUUUAGCUCACCCUUUCCCCCCCCCCCUC